AGGAACAGUGAGUGGAGAUCUUAUCCACACCGUACCACGGCCAGAUACCCGAUCUUGCUUGGAUGGCGGGGUGAAACCCGAUCGUCUGAUGUGCUGCCCAAAACCUGGAGGAGUGACUUACCGGGACACGUUAAAAAUGUCUUCUUCCUCAAGCGAGGUCAUUUGCGCCGAUGAAAUCAAGAGGGAAAGCACAAGGGCACUGGAGAAUCGGGGGAGUGUCAAGCUGUCAGUGCUGGACCCUGCGGAGUUGUCUAUGGAGAAUGCAACUUCGGCCGCAGCUGGCGAUGCGGUUCGAGCCGAACUUUUGGAGUGCACCCCUUCGUCCCUGGCCUUCUCCCCAGAACAGGUAGCGUGCGUCUGUGAGGCUCUGCUGCAGGGAGGCAAUGUGGACCGCCUUGCCCGGUUCCUGUGGUCACUGCCGCAGAGUGACCUGCUGCGCGGCAACGAAAGCAUCCUGAAAGCCCAGGCAAUUGUGGCUUUCCACCAGGCUCGCUACCAGGAGCUGUACUGUAUUCUUGAGAACCACAACUUCAGUCCGUCCAACCACUCAUCGCUCCAGGACAUGUGGUACAAGGCGCGGUACACCGAAGCGGAGAAGGCGCGGGGCAGACCGCUGGGUGCCGUGGAUAAGUACCGAUUGCGCAGGAAAUAUCCUCUCCCAAGGACUAUCUGGGACGGGGAAGAGACGGUAUACUGCUUCAAAGAGAGAUCCAGGAAUGCGCUCAAGGAUAUGUAUAAGCGGAACCGGUACCCGUCUCCCGCCGAGAAAAGAAACCUCGCCAAAAUCACUGGGCUUUCGUUGACACAAGUGAGCAACUGGUUCAAAAACAGAAGGCAGAGAGACAGGAAUCCCUCUGAAGCGCAGUCGAAAAGCGAAUCUGAUGGUAAUCACAGCACGGAGGACGAGUCCAGCAAAGGUCAGGAGGAUCUGUCCCCUCGUCCGCUGUCCAGCAGCUCCACCGGGUCAGCUGCCCUGGGCAACGGCCCGCCCGUGAUCUUCUCGGACGUCGGCACCACUGUCAUCCAGCAAAUCGGCGAUGUCAAGAUGGCUGCCAAUGCAGCAGGGGCAAUGGGCUUCGGGAACGAUCUGUCCGGCGCCAACUCGCACUUCCUCAAUGGUGGCGGCGGUGGAUACGUCCACCCACACGGCAACAACAUGCUGCUCAACGGUCUGGGGACAGGCGGGCACUUCUUGACCUUUGACCCCCAGAGGGCAAGCCUGGCACAGGAAAGGCUGCAGGGUGGCGGAGGCUCGUACGCCCAAUUUGCCCUGGGACUGUCGGACGCGACGGGAGGAGCGGGGAAGCUGGAAGGCAUGCAGGCUCUGGUCGGCCACUCAGAGGACGGGGGAGCAUCGUCGGUGGUCACCUUCACGCAUUCGUCGUCCUCCUCCUCGUCCUCGUCCUCCUCUACCUCCGGACUUGCACAGCUGGGCAGCUACAGUGUGGUUCACGUCCCUGGCACGGAGGCAUCCAUGGGCCUACCACCACUGCUGCUCCCACCCUCCUCCACAGCGACAUCUCAUGGCUCAGCACCCAUGGGUAGUGUGGUCAGCGAUGCCUCCCAGCAGGCCAGUCCCCCCGUGCUCUACACCCUUACCCAGGCCGUGAAGCAGGAGCCCCUGGAGGCUGGCGCGGGAAACCCUGGCGGCUACUCCUACCAGACGGACAUGUCUCUGGACCAAACGGCCCACCUGGGCUACACCGCCUCUCUCUUCCUCUCCUCGAACAUGGCCGCCGCCCCUGCAUCGUCCACCCCCUCCUCUUCCUCUUCUUCUUCCUCCAUCGCCCUCAACCACACCACCACCACCAUCACCACCUCCGCCCUGUCAGGCGCCGAGGGCCUCGUUGGGCAGUCCCACUCCGGCCGCAUGGACAUGGGCGGAGUGGUGCCCUCGGACUACCGGGACCACGGCGGCGCGCUGUCGCUCUCCGAGUCCCUGGAGGUAGCCACAGGGCCAGGGGCCGCAGCCGGUGCCGUGAGGGCCAUCUGCGGAGAGCUGGAGCUGGAGGGUAAAGAGCUGGCCAAGUUACAAACUGUUCAGAUGGACGAGGAUGGCAAUGACCUCUGACCCUCCUGCCCCCACCCCCAUGUUACCCUAGCAACCUGCCUCUCUCUCUCUCUUUCUCCCUCUCUCUCAGUAGCACAGCGGGUUUAGCAGAGGAGAGUCAUGGCACUCGGAGGUGAGUGUGUGAGUGUGUGUGUGGGGGCAUGGCAGGUCCCCCAGAGUGUGUCCUGUCUUCCUGUGCAACACUCCCAGACAGCUCACAGCGUCUAGAGUCGCAGAGUUCAUCUCAUCCCAACUGCAGAACAAAAACAAAAAUUUGAAAGAAGAAAAACCUAAAGUGUAGCAAAGAAAAUAAAACAAACAAACAAACAAAACAAUGUGGGACAAAACAAAAACAAAAACAGUGCCUUGUUGCCCGAACAAACGUGGUCCCAGUCAUCGCAACUCACCAGCCGACGACUGCAGAAUGUACCAGGAGACAGUCUUGACUGAACGUUUUCCCACCCACACCCACUGGAGAGACCCUGGGUGGCAGUUGGCGAGGGGUGAGAUGAAAUGUACGACUGGACAUUAAGCACAGUGUACAAACUUAAAAAUGUGGUACUUGUGUGGCAUAAUGCUGUUGGAUCACUCUCUUUCUCACUUGUGAUAAAAGCGCAGAUAUGAUUGUUGUUUUGUUUUUGGUUGGUAUUUUUUAUUAUUAUUAUUCUUUUUUGGAGUGCUGACAUUAAUGUGAAGACUAUGUCUUUUUUGUUAUUUUAAAAGCUACAAGGGCUUGUAUUUACAUUUGACUGUGACGCAGGGUGAACUGAUUUACAUGCAGAUACCUGGUUUUGAAAUCUCCCAUCAAACUGUCCUCAGCCCUCAAGUAUAACUGGUCUUAUGUGCUUUUGUCAUAGAGAUCAUUAGAAUCAUUAUAAAGUAACUUAGUAGUUGACAUGUCAUGGAUUUAAUAUGUUGUUUUGGGCAGAAUUUCAUACCAAAAGUUAAUGAGAAUAGUCAAUGGUAGUACUUUUUAAACCAUGUGAACAAAAAGGUUUGGACAUUUCAGGUUGCUAAUAUGAAGGCACAACAAUGCUUUCUAUGGACAGAGAAGCUACGGGCCCUGUUUCUCAUUCAUAAUGAAUCUUUUUUACGAAUAUUCGUUAAAUUUGACAUGUGUUUCCCAAACAAUCAUGUAACGCAAACGUGCAUGCCCUGCUCCUAAAGUACAAAACAGCCGCUGUCCACGUAAACAGUGCUGAAAUAUCAGCUAAUUCAAUUAUAUUAGGUAAUGUCACAGCAGCCUUUUGAACUUCCUAGAACCUUCAUUCUAAUUGACUUGAAAGCGAAUGAACUUUAACACGUCUGACUAUAGAAUAAACCAUCUCUAUGUCGACCUAUGGCAUGCACACCCAAUUAAUGCAGUCCAAAGGUUAAUUCUACUUCUAUGACUUUAAAAUAGUUUAAUUAUGCUCGUAGCCAUAUAUGGGAUGGCUCUGAAACACAUGUCUAUAUGCAUUUUGAAGUACUGCGCAAGCUAAGAAGCUUUCGGGAAAUACUUGAAAAAUGUAGGAUAAUUCGUAAGGGGGAUUCUACAGACUACGUAGGGUUAUGAUGUUAUUGGGAAACAGUGCCCUGAUUGUCUGUUAUUGUCUUUUACAGGCAAAUGUUAGCACAUGACAGUAUGCAAUGUAUAUGCAAUUAUUUUAAAGCUAUCACAAAUUAGUCCAAUUAUCUUGUACCAAAAAUGAGCUGGACAUUUUUGUAAAGAAAAAAAUGGCUUGAAAUAUGAGUUCAAUGUUUAGAAACGAUAAGAGCUUAUUUUUCUAAACCCAUCACCCCUAUUAAAUCUUUAUAUUUGUACAGACAAAAUGAAUGACUCCUGGAUUUUUACUAAGUCGGCCAUAGCACUCACGUUUUAUAAGGGAACUACAGAGGAAGUGACAUCACCUGAGAGGAAUUGGGUCUGUUUUGGGGCUCUAGGUAAGCUGUCUCUCUGUGUCAAACCGAUGACAGGUGUGACGUCAAUCCCGGAGGAAACUCAAGAAGGCGUCCAUUUAAGGGGAUUACGAGCCGGACCUUCAGGAGGUCCUGGCUAUAACCACAGACAUUACUAAUACAUGGAUGUAUGCACAUGCAGUUAAAGCAAGGGGAAAAUGGAGGCCCCAGCUCGUAUUCUCACCAUUGGGCAUCUCUGUGAUCGUUUGCCAAUGCCUGUGUUGCGACCAGCUCGGCGAAGUUCUCCGAUCCAAGUGUCAUGUGUAACCGUAGUCAUCAUCCAAAGGUCAAACAAGAAGACAGAUCACACCAAGAGAAAAAAUACAUCAGACAUUAGAUGUUAGACAUUAUUAGACGUUAGAUGCUGACUGUAUUGCUUUCACUUUUCACGUGUAGUGAAACAGCAACUGUGUUGAUAUAUGAGAGCAAAAUUAAUGGAUUUGUCCUUG